GCGUACGGUGGUAGCAACACACACAAGGCAAGCAAACGCAAAACGAUACGUGGAUUCUCAUCGAAUAGUUAGUUGGGUGAAAGGCCAUGACACACAUGUGCAAACAAGCUAAAAACGCAUAGGAAUAAGAGGAGUCAUUUUCACCGGACCAUGGGAAACUGAAAUAAGAUUUUAAAAUAAAUAUUAUUCGCUGACUAGUAAGUAAUUUAUCAAGAAUCUGCCAGUUACCUGCCCGCGCGUUAGCGAUCAGGUCGCUAGUAAGGUAUUGCUAGCCAUCCGCAUUGCCUAUUUGGCUGUGUGGUAGUUAUAGGUUUGGAUACAGUAAUAUCAGGUCAAUUCGACGGACUUUCCAUUCGACCUACCGGGCGGUACUCAACCAUGCCAUGUUUUCUUGGAGGUGUAACAAGUUGGCUGGCUAGUUAGCUAGCUAGCCUACCACACUGAGUCUGACUGGAACAGUAUUGCAACGGCAGUUAACAGACAGUAUGUGGUAUUACUAUUCCAUAUAGCUAGCUAUGUAUUGUCCCCCCCCCGAUUUUUGUUUUACUCUCUAAAUAACUAACGUUAGGUAGUUACUUUGAAAUAUAUUUGUCUCGAUCGGGCUCUGUUUUUGGCCCAAUUACACUUUGCACGUCGGGGUUUCCCUCAACAUAUUUAUACACGCAUUACUUUGAACUUUAGCUACUACUGUUAGUAGUUUUUCGACUUGGAAAAUGGAUUCGGGUAUUGAAAAGGAAUGCAGCGCUCUGGGAGGGCUCUUCCAGAUCAUCAUGAACGACAUGAAGGCUAGUUAUCCAGCCUGGGAGGACUUUGUAACAAAAGGAGUGAAGCUGCAAUCCCAGCUAAGGACAACUAUCGUCGUCACAGGCUCUUUCCUGGAAGCCUUUCAGAAGGUGGCAGAUAUGGCGACUGGAACAAGAGGGGCGACAAAAGAGAUUGGCUCGGCCUUGACGAGAAUGUGCAUGAGGCACAGAAGCAUCGAGUCAAAACUAAAGCUCUUCACCACGGCAAUAACAGAUACCCUGAUCAAUCCCCUGGAGCUGAAGAUUGAGGAGUGGAAGAAGGUUGCCAGUCAGUUGGACAAGGACCAUGCCAAAGAAUAUAAGAAGGCCCGAGCAGACAUCAAGAAAAAAUCCUCAGACACAAUCAAGCUACAGAAGAAAGUUAAGAAAGGGAAGGAUGAAGUGCGCGGGCAGUUGGACAGCGCCCUGCAGGAUGUGAACGUACGCUAUGCUGUGCUGGAGGAGACUGAGAAGAGGGCCGCAUGCCGUGCGCUCAUCGAGGAGAGGGGCCGCUACUGCUCCUUUGUCAGCAUGCUCAAACCCGUGCUGGAUCAUGAGAUCAGCAUGCUCGGAGAGGUGACCCACCUGCAGACCAUCCUGGAAGACCUGAGCACCCUGACGGCCGAGCCCAGCAAACUACCCCCGGCCAGUGAACAGGUGAUCCUGGAUCUGAAGGGAUCAGACUACAGCUACAGUUACCAGACGCCCCCUGCCUCCCCCAGCAACACACUGUCCCGCACGAGCAGCAUCAGCGGUAACUACAACUCUGUGAGGCACGUCCCCUCUCUGGACUCCAUCACCUCUUUGGAUGGCAUUCACCUCCGCCCACCCUCCAUGGAAUCAGCACAGGAGGUGAGCGGGUCGUGGUCGGGACAUACCGGGUCGGGCACAGAGAACGGCACGGCCAUGCCUCCUCCUCACAACUCCUACACACAGCACGGAGAGAGGGCCCGCGCCUUGUCCACAUCCGGAAAGCCCCAGAGUGCCCGGGAGCAGCUGGCCCUGGCCCUCGGCGGAGGGCUCAACUCGGAGGCCCCCCGCACCAGCCACGACUCCCUCCACUGCUCCAGCGGCUACAGCACGCAGACCACCACGCCCUCCUGCUCUGAGGACACCAUCCCCUCCCACGACUACGACUACAUCUGCCUGCGCCGGGGUGAGGAGGAGCAUCACGGCCCACCUGACUUUGACAAGUCCUCCACCAUCCCGCGCAACAGUGACCUCAGCCUGCAGUACCGCAAGAUGUUCCAGAGCAAGCGACCCGCCUCCACAGUCAGCUUGCUGGCCGAGCCCGAGCUGCUGGGCCUGUGCCAAUCGCACACUGCCACCAUCCGCCGCAAGCCCUCCUCCAAGCCUGCCUACCGCCGCGGCACCAUCAGCGGCGGCGUGCCUAUCCCCAUCUGCACCCCCCAAGUGCCCCUCAAAGCCCUGGGCGUAGAAGGAGGGGGAGGCAACUGCGGCGGAGGGGUGAACAGCGGGAGCAAUGAGAACAUGGGGCCACCAGAGGGCGGGAUGGGCAUGAGCUGGAAGGUGGACCACGGGCUGGUCCACACCAAGCACAGCCUGUGCACAUCGACCCAGAGCCUGAGCGCCAUGCCCUUGCACCAUUCUUCGUCCACAUCACCGUACUACUCGCUGAUCCCGGGCCAGGCGCCAGUUCCCAUGGGUAGCUCGGAGCAGCUGUACCAGCUGAGCAAGCAGCAGCAGUACGCCCUGCACCAGCAGCAGCAAAAGCAGUACCAGCAGCAGCACCUGCAGUAUCAACAGCAGCCCCAGCCACAUCAGGUGCAACCAACAGCCCAGACACAACAACCGCAGCAAACGUUUCAAUUACAGCAACGUUUCCAGCAACAACAGCUACAGCAGCAACAACUGUACCAACAGCAGCUCCAGCAGCAGCAGCAACAGAAGCUCCAACAUCAGAAGCAGCUUCAGCAACAGCAGCUCAUACAACAACAGCAGCAACCGAUUCAGCAGCAGUCUCAUCUCCAACAACAGCACAAUACUUCUGGCACUGCCAACCAGCUGGUGGAGAGCGGGCACUGCCUGCCCCCCCAGCAGCCCCCUGCCGCCCAGGAGCAGGAUGCGGAGGAGCCCUCGGAGGCCGGAGGUCACAUGGUCACUAUGAUCCGGGGAGUGAAACUGCGUCGGACCCUGACCAACGACCGAUCUGCCCCCUUCAUCCCCCCGCCCAGCCAUUUCAAAUGAAUCCCUCCCUACCAGUGUAGGUUGUCAUCGUUUUGUUUUUCGGUUCUUGCUUGUCUUUUAGUUUUUCUUGCUUUUUUUUUUGGUGGGGGUGGAUGUUGCCUUUUUGGACAUUUCGUCUGGUGUAAAAGGCUUCCAUCUCUCUAAUCAAAUGUCCAGCAGCACUGUGUUUUAAAAUGAUUAUUAUAAUCUUCCUCAGAUGGACUCGUAGGUGAAUAUGCCCUCUUUAUCACUCUGUAAUUAAGAUGUUUAUACAUACGAGGUUGCGUGUUGGCUAUAUAAAAGCAUUUGAGGUCAUGGAUCAGGGGUAUUCAAACUCUUACACUACGAUGUCCGGAACCUGCUGGUUUUCUGUUGUACCUGAUAAUGAAUUACACCCAUCUGGUGUCCCAGCUCUAAAUCAGUUCAUUAGAGGGGAACAAAUAAAAAAAGCAGUGGAACUGGAUUCAAGGACACAGGACUAGACCUAUAUAGCUUUCUCGUCUGUAUCUCGUUCAAGAUGAUCAAGUUAGCUCAAUCACUCUCGUGUACUGUUAGGUCCACAGUGAAAUGCUUUGAGCUGGCUUUUCUAUUUAUUCAGUUGACUUUUUUUUCUCAACACACACACACACACUUCACCUUCUGUGUGGCGGAGGCAAUGGGCCCCUUGUGAUGGAGUUUGACUGUUUAAGCCAAUCAGAGGCUUGCACUGCAGGGCAGAGAGGGGUCACGGGUUCAACAAAGGGCUUUGUGGGACUUUUGAUAGCAGGGGUCAGGACUUAAUGUGUACCGUAAGAUCGUUGGGCUGAAAAGUAAUCAGUCUCUUUUAUGAGGAACGUAUGGUGCCAUUGUGACAUACCAAUCCCAGCCUAGAUGAACUCCCCUGACUCCUCUUCCCCCUGACACAUGAUGCACUCACUGGCCAAAUUAAGAUUUUAGGAAAUAAUAUACAUUUUUAUAAUGAUAUGAAAACCGAUGUUGCGGACCAAUCAAGCUGUCGGAACUACUUACAGACCAUAGAAGUCAUGUGAGGAGACUAGCUGUUUGUGGGGUGACAACAGUUUGUCCUGCUGUGGGUUAGUGGUUUUGGGCUGUUCCUAGAAUGUGAGCCCCACCCAACUGUUAAUCACAGCGUGGGGGAGGAUGUUGUGAAAUCAUUUGAUUAAAGGCACUUAAGUGAUGUGGCAUUGCAUUUAGAAUUUGUUUACCAUUGUGUUCUUCUUAACCAAACUACUUUAAAUGUGUGGGGGUUUGGGCCUUCUAGCCUUUACACAUAGAUACUCCUCCCUCAAAAAUCCUGAGUGGGGGGAGGUAUAAUACAAUACCGACUCCGCUAAGUGCAUAUCCCUCUCCCCCAACAUUAAAGGAGACUAGCACCCGGCUGGGUUAUUCUUUUCUCUGUCUCACAUUCCCCCCCAUCCCUCCUUUUUUCUUUCUUCUUUUGAACCUCCCGGUUUGUGUAGGAGGCCCAAUUACCUGACACCAGUUGCUGCCUCACACCUGUUGCCGGGUGCAUGGAAUGACCCCAUUGGCCGGUUUAGCGAUUGUGCGCCCUCCCAUCUUGCCUCUGGCCUCUUCAUGUUGCCCGGGAGAAAGGCCUGUUUCCCAGAGGAACUACAAUGGCCUCUGUAGUAGAGGCCUUUGUGACAGGAUUAUACAACAACGCACCUCCUGACUCAAGCAGCUUUAAAGCAAUAUCGGGCUGCAUUUGAUCCACAGCUUUAAGUUUAAGUUCUAGACGGCAAAUGGUAAUUAGAGUGCGCAUAUCUCCCUAACGCCAAAUUAUGAAGCGGCAAUGCCCUAGCGGAAUGAGCAGGGGUCGUGGAUAGUCAAAUUAUGGGGCAGCUGAGCUGGGACAUUCUCUCUCUCUGUUGGGUUAAUUGUAUGUUAUCUGAUAAGAUUUGUGUUUUACUGAGAAGUCUCUCAGUUUGAGUGAAGGAAAUCCAAAUUCAGUUGUAUAGACUAAGGAGAUGAAAUGAUAACAAGUUUUGUAUGAAUGUAAAAAAAAAAAUUUUUUUGAAUGAUCCUUUUCAGGCCCAGCCAGCCUACAGUCCCACUCCCACCCCACUAAUCAGCUUAACUGAAGAGCCAAACCCUGUUCUAAAAGCCAUGUUCCAGUUAUUGACCUUGGCCCAUGGGUUCUGGUCAAAAGUAGUGCAGUAUAUAGGGAAUAGGGUGCCAUUUGGGACCCGGGCUCUCUAGUCUGUUACCAAUGCCACUCACCGGCAGUGUGUGAGAAGCUGAGACUUUGAGUUUUGACAAUACAUUUAGAAAAUAUCAAAUGGACUUUUCCUGACAAUUUUGACCCCAAAGCUGCCCCAUAGAGCUCCAACUGACCAGCCCUCCUCGUGUUGAUCCAGUUCUGUAAAUAGUUUCUCUCGUUGUAAAAGCGUUCCAUUGCUAUGUGUCACAAAUGCACCUGUGUAGUGAAGCUGAAGCCUUAACUGAAAAGGAAUGUGGGUUUUAAAAUAUAAAUGCGUUCAAAAAGUUA